AUGAUUGACGAAACCAACAUUAGUCGAACGACUUCUACGUGCAAUGAGGAUCAUCCUGCUGCUGUCGUCGUCGUGAACAAAACAAACAGCAUUUCUGCCGCUGCUGUUGUCGACGAAGGAGAAGAAUCAUCCAGCAUAAUGACGACGACGACGACGAACAAGAAGAAGAAACCACCAACAACAACAACAACAACAACAAACGAAAUCAGCAUGACACCAUCCUCACUACAAGGAGAAGGAGUAGAAGUAGAACAACGGGACAUGAUGGACAUGCUGUUGGAACAAGCCAGUGAGGAGUUUCGAGUCCUACUCAUUGAAGAUCAUGAUGGAUCGAAUGGUGUGGAUGAAGUGGAAGUGGUUCCAGAAUUGAGGCAAUCCUCUUCUUGCGAAAGUUCGGACGAAUGGAGUGACAACGAUAACGACGAGGACGACGACAACAACAACAACAACAACGACGACUCAUCGCAACACCACCACCAAGAAUCGAUGGACGUAGUAGACACUGUCGGUGAUUUGAAACUUGCAAACGACGGCGACGUUAUGGUUGGCGAUAUCAUGAAAGUUGACGACGACGACGACGACGACUCAUCGCAACAGAAUGAGCACCACCACCAGCAAGACGGAGACAUUGUCAGCGAUUUGAAAUUUGCAAACGACGGAGACGUCGUGAUCGGCGGUAUCAUGAAAGUUUACGACGACUCCUCAUCAUCGCAACACCACGACCACCAGCAAGACGGAGACAUUGUCGGCGAUUUGAAACUUGCAAACGACAGCGACGCCGUGGUCGGCGAUAUCAUGAAAACUGACGACGACUCCUCAUCAUCGCAACGCCACGAUCACCAGCAAGACGGAGACAUUGUCGGCGAUUUGAAACUUGAUGACGAUAAUGAUAAUGAUAAUCAAAGUACCGAUGAAUGGGGUGACGAACAGAAACUAUCCUUUGAAAAGGUCAUGGAUUUCAUUGCCUUUCCCGAGAAGCACCUGUUCCAGUCACAACCUUCCCAAGAAGGGGUGGAAGUGGACAAUGAAUUGGGUGUCAUGAAUGUGGAUACCGAGUAUGGAAGUAGUGCUGCUGCUGCUGCUGCUACUCCUGCCGUUGUUGUUGUUGUGCAAGAGGAAAAGAAGGAAGAAGACCAAGAAGAACAAGCAGAGCAAGAAAAGGAGCAACUGACGGCUGCAGAGGAAACGACAGAGGAGGCAAAGGCAAAAAUCAAUGCAAAAACUACAAAGGCAAAGGAGACAGCCACCACUACCACUUUGUCACUGACUGUGGACACCACGUCCGUGGACGAGCCCUCCUCUGUGCCUCCUCCCAAAUCUUUCGAACAAGAAAAAGAAGAAGAAGACUCCAAGAAAACUAAUGAUCCAGCAGAGGGCGAAGAAUCUGUGGAAGUCGUCUUGCCCGCCGACCACAAGCUUGCGUCCAGCACCGAACCGCAAAAUAGUUCUGACAUGUCGUCUAUGGUCACUACUACUACGUCUCCUCGCCAAUGGUUUGCCAAUUGGUUCCAACCCGAUCAACGCAUUGUCGCUACCGUCACGAAGGAAUCCAAGAACGAACCGCUGGGUGUCUUUAUCAAAAAGGUAUUAUUGAAAGAUGGACUCUAUAUUUCCCAAUUACAAGUGGGCAGCCAGGUGGCCUCCACGGACCUCAAACCCGGCAUGAAGAUUCUAGUCAUUAAUAGCAUGCCUUGUCCGCAAACCGUCAAGGAAUUUCGGGAUUUGGUGUCGACCAUGGAAGGUGAAGUGACCAUUGUGGCCCAACUAGCAGAAGAUGAAAAUGAAGGUUUGGUGGUGGUGACCGUUUUCAAGGAAACCAAGAGCCAACCAUUGGGACUUGUCCUAAAGAGCAGAUUGUUCAAGGAAGGACUGGUGGUGGCCAAGAUUUUGGAUGGAAGUAUCUUUUGCAAUACCGCACUCAAGGAGGGAAUGCGAAUUAUCCGUGUGAAUGAUCAACAAUGCCCGGGCAGUGUGGAUGCCUUUCGUGUGCUCUUGAAAGAGAUUGAUGGUCAAGUCAAGAUUGUCGCCGAACCAACAGUCGCUCAGUGUCAGCAGGCGAAACAAGCAGCAGCAGCAGCAGCUGACAAGGAGAAGAAGACUGAAGACAAGGAGAAGGAAAAAGAAGACGAGAAAGAGAAGAAACCGGACGAUUCUAACGACACUCCGGAAGUUGCAUCCAUGCCCAAAAUCUUCAAGUACAAUGGAAUCGAACGAAAGGAAGUUGUCUGCAAGAUUGUCAAGAAUGGGACACACGAGCCAUUGGGACUCUUGCUACGAGAAUUCAAGGAUGAAGAAGGAAUCCAUGUCCUCCAAAUGGACGAGACUGCCAAAUUGGGAGCCACUACGGCGCUCAAACCAGGAAUGACGAUUCACCAAAUCAAUGGGCAAAAUUGUCCCAACAAGGUGGAAGAAUGCAUAAAGUUGCUUCGUUCGAUCGAUGGGCUGCUGACAAUCGUGGCCAGCGAAAUAUAUGAGGACUAA